UUAACACAAGGUGUCUCUAGUGAGAUCGUUUAUAAGAAAGGACCAAAUAUAUUAACGAGAAAUUCAAGGUUAAUUUCACUAAUUAUGAAUUUAAACAACCUCCGUUCAGCAGCCUUAAACGUCAGAGAAUGGUUUGAAACAAAUUUUAGCAAAGAAACUGGUCUAAAUCAUAAUGAUGACAUUGCAAUAUAUUUCAAGGUUCCCUCCAUGCUUUUGGCUGGGGAUAGUGAAGAAAAGGCGAACGAAGUUCAACAAUUCAUUAUGAAAAAUUUUUUAAUGAAUACAGGAGAUUUUAAAAAGGCCGAAAAUUGCAAAACGGAAAAUCCAACCUAUAUAGAAUACUAUUCUUAUAUGAACUGUUGGAUUAUGAGAAGUGGCCUAAAGUUGAAAAUUGAUAUGACAAAUAGUUUUGAUUACAUACAUAAUAAUUUUAACAAUUAUGAAUUGAAAGACGUGUCAGCUUCUGAUAAUUGUAUUGAAUUAUUAACUGUAGCUAAUAUUGGCUAUACAUAUUUAAUCAAAGGGGAUUUACAAGAAGCAAUUCGUGCAGCAAACUGCCUAGAACAUUUCUGGAAUAUUCAGCAAGAAAAGGACAAAUACUUUUAUUUGAGAAUGGAUAAGCAUCAAAAACUAAUAAAGUCUAAUCCAGAAAAUCCUUUCUAUUGUAUUUCGAAGACGAAUGAUAAUCAGUUAUACUUUUUCCUAGGCUUCCCAAUAUCCUUCCUUGCCGAAUUGUACGAUUUAACAAAAGACAAAAAAUACCUUAACUUAAGCAAAAGCUACUAUAAUUAUACAAUCAAUUGUCAUGGGAUUUUUAAGUCAAACUUCAGUCAUAAAGUUUCAUGGGCUGCUUCAAUACUUUACAGAAUAACGGGUGAUAAUAUCUAUUUAGAUGCAAUUGAAAAAAUAACAAAUCACAUAUUGGAAAAUCGAGACAAGACUGGCUUAUGGUUAACAAACGAUGGAUCUAUAGAUUAUGAUCAAACUGCUGAGUUUGCAAACUGGUUUUUUGAAAUAAUUAAGAAUAUUGAAAAAAGAGUAGAUAUUAAAUAA